CCGCCCCUGCUAACCGGCCGACCAUUUGUGCGAGGUGUUGUCGCGAGAGAGAGAGAGAUGGGAAGCGACAGUGAAGCUGAGAGAUCGCAGAAGGAGAAGGAGAAGAAGAAGAUGCUGGCGCUCGCCCCCAUUGCUAAGCCCCUCGCCGGCAAGAAGCUCGGCAAGCGCACGCUCAAGCUCGUCCGCAGAGCCGCCGAAGACAAAUGCUUGAAAAGAGGCGUGAAGGAGGUUGUCAAAAGCAUAAGACGUGGUCACAAAGGAUUAUGCGUCAUUGCUGGGAACAUAUCUCCGAUCGAUGUCAUCACUCAUGUCCCUAUUUUAUGUGAAGAGUCCGACAUUCCCUAUGUCUAUGUUCCAUCAAAAGAAGAUCUAGCUAAUGCAGGAGCCACCAAGAGGCCUACAUGCUGUGUUUUGGUGCAAACAAAGCCAACAAAGGGUGAAUUAAGCGCCGAGAAACAGGACAAACUGAAAGCAGACUAUGAUCAAGUUGUCAAUGAUAUUUCCGAGCUGACUUCCUCCUUGUUCUGAACGUCGAGAAGAAAUGCAGAAACAACUCUGCUGCCGUUCUUUUUGAGUUCAUACUCUUUGGUUGGAUGUAAACAGUGGUGUUGUAAUGCAGCCACACAGUGGCAAGAUGGAUGUAAACGGAGUAUGGUCAAUUGCUUGUAUUUCUACUGCCUGUAAUGGUGGUGCUAUAUAGGUCAUUAUGACAACCAUUUUUCCGUUUAGACUGGUGAUAAGGAUGGAAGACUGUUCAAAUGUAGGUUUUCUGCAAUUAAAAUGCAGGGGGUUCGGUUUGAACUGCCUCUGUGUUAUGUA